AAAUAGAAAGCGAACAUAUUAGAUCUUAAAGAAAAAAAGGGAAGCAUGCAUAUUAUCAUUACUUUUGAAAUGGGAAAUUUGGGGGAAAAGUCAUCAACUCGCAACCUCGGCUCCACUUUGAGGGCCGCAUGGUUUUUUCAGAAGAAAGCAGAUUCUGACAUUUAAGAAAAUAAAAGGCAAGCAAAUUAUAAUUGCAGAUUGGGCCGUUUGUUAUAUAAAUAUAUAAAAACAAUUUGCAGACUGAGCCAAUCAACCCAUAAGAAUGAUUGGGAUGAGAAAAAGAUGGAAGAGGAGGGAUGAAAGAGUAAGGGAGAGGAGGAAGAGCAAGGUGAUUAAAUAAUUUAAGUAUAGUACCCUUAAAUAUCCCAUGGACAAGCACCCAUUGAUAUUUUCUUUUGGAACUAAACAAUUUCAAGUAAU